UUGCAAUCACAUAAUCAAUCUGCUGAUUUGAAAACGGUUGCUCCAACGUCUACAAUUCUGUCUCCAAUCUCAGACGCCGCUGAGUCGUCGGUUUCAUCGACUUCAUCGGCUUCACCAUCUUCACCGCCGUCUUCGCCAUCUUUCGACCGUCGUGUAGUGCCGCAAGCUAAAGACGUCGCGUCACCUCUUAACUCGUUGUUUUUAUCAAGCCAACUUUGUGAUUUCCGAAAUUAUUCAUUCGCUAGCACAACGGCACCUCACAUUUUAUCUUCGCCUCAACAUCUCACAGCGGCUAGGCAGCUCUCCAUGAACAAUCAACCGCCUAUCUUGAACGCCGCGUUAAAUAUGGAUCAGCUUAAUCCAGUGGCUGUUGCUGCAGUUGCUGGUUCCGGAAGUUCUCCGUGGCCGUCGAACAUCUCAUUUUUUGUCAACCCAACCAGCCUAGCUAGUAAUCCUCAAUCCAGUAGUGGUCAAAUAUCAGAAGAAGCCGGUAGCUCACACAGUAACGGAACAACAGAAAGCGACAAGUGUUGGGUGUGUGGAUGCUCAGCCAAUGGACGACAUUAUGGAGUUAUGGCAUGCUUCGGAUGCAAAGGGUUUUUUCGACGAUCCGUACAAGGAGGCAAGAAAUAUACCUGUCGUCAUGAUAGGAAUUGUGUAAUAGAUCAAAAUGACCGUAAUUGCUGUAGAGCUUGUCGCUUUGAGAAAUGUAUGGGAGUUGGAAUGGAUCCCGCAGCUAUUCAACCUGACCGUGAUAAAACCGGAAGACAGCGAAAUCCUAGAAAAUCACAAUACUCGGCUAACCGUCCCUUCUCUCUGUUAACAGAAAGAACACAAGAAGGAAGGGAAGCAACUCCGAUGCACUUCUCUAACAUUGAGAAUUCGUUCCAACAAGUAGACCAAGAUAUUAUGAGUACUUUAUUAGAAAUAGAAACAAUUUGUAGAGAAAUGAAGGCGGAAAUAAGCACUCCGUACCAGAAUAUGGAAACUGCAAUAUGCAAACCGUCUACAGUGUUUUCCCGAACAAGCGUGAACUUCGAUGGAUUGAUGGGAGAAGCUACUACGACAAAAAUAAAAGAUGAAAUUUUAAGACUUUGUGUUUUAACGUUGGAUUACGUGACAACCCUCCGUCCUUUAGCUGAUGUAAAUGUAUCGGAUAAGAUGGCAAUUGUCAGGCAGUAUCUCUCCCCUUUCAUGAUUCUCGAAGUUGGUUUUCAAUCUGCACAACAUACUAACUCGCACAACAUCUACCUUCCUACCGGAUAUGUCAUAUCAGCGGAGCAAUCUUUCUUCCCUGAUAGUCUAAAGGAUGAUGACAAGUCUCGUGUCAUGACCGAGGACAAAAUAAUUUCUUUGCGUCGAAAUUUCACAGACCAGCUUGUUCAACAACUCCGUCGUCUGAAAAUCACUUCCAACGAGUUGGCAGCCGUGAAAGCAAUAAUGGUGUUAGACCCUCAUGCUCCUGGUUUGAGUCAAAGUAGUAUCGAGCUGUUGAAAAGUGGCCGAGAAUGUGUUCAGAGGGCUUUAUUCGCCCAUGUACAAUGCUCGUUACCGGCUGAAGGAGCAACUGCUCGCUUUGCUCAUCUUAUCAUGCUUAUAACGACUGUAACUAGGCUCUCUUCACAGCUCGUGUCGUUCAUCCAGUACUUAAGAGAAUCAGAAAUCUUUAAGGACCCAGUUUUUGAUGAUUUUUUCCUUCAUGGUUGGUGA